AUGGAGAACUUAUUGUUUGAAGACGAACAAAUCACCAAAGAAAACAGGUCCCAAGACCAAGAUGAUCAACCUGCUCAACAAACCCAGACCUAUGAUCUCCUUAGAGAGAUAGCCCAAGCUUUUAGAGAAGUUGCUAUGCAUAAUGUUCUUCCAGUUAGCCUUCGAAAGAGCUGCCGACGCCAACAAUUGGACUUUGGCAAAAAAAUUAAAAUCGCAUCAGGCUACGUAAUGAGAAUUGGCGCUAGUUGGUAUAAUGACCAUAAAAAUGAUUUCCUUCUCUGGGAUGAUGAAAUCAACCCA